CUGGACUCGAACAUUGCGAUCUCAACUGAACACCACACACGGUUUUGACAACUGGGAUUCCGCUCCGCAGUCUCAACAUUCAUUUGCACAGAUUUGAGAAGAACUUAUCUCCAACCUAUCUACAAUCAUGGCUCCAGGAGGACCCCCAGGUGCAGGACGUGGCAGAGGCGGCAAGUUUAAGAAGUUUACCAGAGGAGGUGGCAAGCACUUCUCCAAGAACCUUCGACCCCUUGACGCAGACGGAAACGAAGUCGCUGAACGAGACCCAAAUGCCGACUCGUCUGAAGAGGAGGAAGAUAGCUCUGAGGAAGAGUCUUCUUCCGAGGAUGAGGACCCCAAUAAGCCCACAAUGACUCGUGAGCAACGUCGUGCUGCAGCAAAGGCCAAGAAGGAAGCCGCUAUCGCAAAGAAGAAGGGUGUCCCACAACCUGGUGAUCUGCCAUCCAGCUCGGAGGAGGAGAGCGAGGAUGAGGAUAUGCCUGCCAAUCCAAACCAUUCCAAGGCUGCGAGAAACCAAGCAAAGGCUGCACCAGUCACUGUGGAUGAGGCCGCUGAGGGUGUCAAGGACUUGAGUGUGAACAAGGGAAAGAAGCCAGUUGCAGAGCUGAGCCGAAGAGAGCGUGAGGCGUUGCAAGCACAACAAGCCAAGGAAAGAUAUCAGAAGCUUCAUGAGGCUGGAAAGACCGAUGAGGCAAAGGCAGAUCUGGCUAGACUUAAGUUGAUCAGAGAGAAGAGAGAGGCGGAAGCUGCCAGGAAGCAGGCUGAGAAGGAAGAGCGAGAGGAAGCUGAGAAGUCAAAGAAGGUUGAGAUUGAUGCUCGUGAAGCAAAGCGAAGAGAGGCUGCUUUGGGGACGGCGGGCAAGGCAUCGAAGGGCAAAGGGAAGAAGUAAAGCUGUCAUUUCUGAUUCGCAAGAUCACGGACGCACUCUACGUUUCAUGGAGCCUUUGACUUUUGUGGUAUGGCGAGCCAGUUGAGCAUCUUUGGCAUACAUGCAUUUUGAUUUUCAUCACCUGUCUUUGGUACAAUCUCUCAGGCAGAAGGAUACCCGACACUGCGUACGAUUCCAGCAGCCUGUAUCUUCCUAAAUUCAUUGAUCUUCUGCGUAUGCUAUUGGUCUUCUGAUUCUGCUUGUGGGUGAGAAAUACUUGACCUUCCAUCUUCGGUCCAUACCAAACGCUACCGACCAGUAUGAUGUCGCGUCUAAUCAUGUUG